AUGGUGGAAUCAAAAUCAAAGAAGACAUUCACGAAAUUAGGGAAGUUGUUUGGGGUCCUGUCAUCAAAUGUUCAAGUCAAUCAACAAUCAGACCAUAUCAAACAUAAUCAUCCUCAAUCACCUUCUUCUCAUGAGGGAUUAUCUUCUCCUUCCUUACUUUCUUCACCAUCUCCACCGAUUUCAAAUUUAAUCAUUCAUGAUAAUGUUAAAACCAUCACUAGUAAUGAUCAGAAAUCAACAAAUAAACCGGAAUCAACCUUUGAUGAUGAUAAAAUACUAUCUCAAGAAAAUGAUGAUUUAUUAUUACCAUUACCUGAUCAUACCAUUAAUAAUAAUAACAAUACUCAUACAGUAUCAACAGCUAAUACCACUACUUCUUCAUCGCCAAAAUUAUCCGAUUCAAGAUCAAAUACUCCUACAAAUCUUCAUCCUGUAAGUUCAACCACAACAUCUCCAUUAUCAUUAGUUUCAUCCAAAGACUUUAAUCAUCCUCAUAAACCAUCAACCGCUACUACGUCUAAUGAAAAUGUUGAUCAUUCAAAUGGUAUUCAUAAAAUUCAACAACCUCAACCUUAUCAUAGUCUUUCUCCAUCAAAUUUAAGUAAAUUAAAUGGUGGUGGUGGUAAUACUUCCUCUGCAAAUUCGAAAAAUUCAGUAUCAAGAUCUUCUUCAACUAAUUUACCUCGAAAACAUGCCAAUACAGUAUCAGCCCAUACCAAUAAUACUAAUGGUCAUCAUGGUCCAAAUGGUAGAUCUAAUUCAGUUUCAAGAGCUUCUUCAACGAAAGUACAAUCGGGUCAUGGUAUAACUAGUGCUCAUCCUUCUAAUAUUAGUAUGACAAAUCUUACAACUCCAAUCUCAUCUCCAACUCCAAGUAGUAUGGGAGGAACUGUUCAAGCUCCAAGAUUUAGAAUCCUUGAGAAUGGAAAUCAUGAACAUAAUUUAAAAUCUGCUAAACGUCAAGAGAAAUUAUCUAAUAUGUUGAAAGAUCUCCUUGGUGCAAAGAAAUUAAGAGAUGAAGCUAAAAGUGCUGUUCCUGGUAAUCUUCAGAAUCUUGUCCAAUUACAUCAACAACAACAAGGAAUCGUGGCCAAUAAUCAUAAUAAUAAGGAUAAACCUCCUACAUUAUUGAAUUCUUUAGUGACUCAUAUUAAAAAUAAUACCAAUCCUUAUGAUGGUACCCCUAAUCAACAAACCAAUAAAGAUUUAAGAACAGAUGGAGAGAUUAAUAUUAAUUCACCUUUAUCAAUCGUUAAUUUGAAAACUUCCCCUGAAGGAGAGAAACCUACCAUACCGAGUGUAACUCCUCAUGCUCAACCUACUGAUGGUAGAUCAUUCGUGGAGAAAUAUGGUAGAUGUCAAGAAGUUAUUGGUCGUGGUGCAUUUGGAGUGGUUCGAGUGUCGCAUAAGAAAGUAUUAACGAAAACCAGUUCAAAUGAUACCAUUGUCAGUAAAAACAACAACAAUAUGGCGAUUAAUGAAGAAGGUGAUUAUGAGAUUUUAUAUGCUGUGAAGGAAUUCAAACGGAAAUCAAAUGAAUCAGAUAAGAAAUAUACUCAUCGACUCACGGCUGAAUUCUGUAUUUCAUCAUGUUUAAAAAACAUUAAUAUCAUUGAUACUCUUGAUCUUUUAAAAGAUGCCAAGGGAGAUUAUUGUGAAGUUAUGGAAUUUUGUUCGGGAGGUGAUUUAUAUACGUUGAUUAUUGCUCUGGGGAAAUUAGAAUAUGCUGAGGCCGAUUGUUUCUUUAAACAAUUAAUCAGAGGAGUUAAUUAUAUUCAUGAUAUGGGAGUAAGUCAUCGAGAUUUAAAACCAGAAAAUCUUUUACUUACUCAAAAUGGGAUUUUAAAAAUCACUGAUUUUGGAAAUAGUGAAUGUUUUAAAAUGGCAUGGGAAGAUGAUAUUCAAUUAAGUGAAGGUAUUUGUGGUUCAUCUCCUUAUAUUGCUCCUGAAGAAUUCACGCAAUAUAAUUUUGAUCCAAGAGGAGUGGAUAUUUGGUCAUGUGGAGUUAUUUAUAUGGCUAUGCGUACUGGUAGACAAUUAUGGAAAUUAGCUGAUCCUAAAAAGGAUGAAUUCUUUGAAGAAUAUUUAUUAAAGAGAAAGGAUUUAACAGGUUAUGAACCAAUUGAAAAUUUAAAAAGAGCAAGAUGUCGUAAUGUAAUUUAUUCAAUCUUAGAUCCCAAACCAGAAAGAAGAAUUACCGGUAAACAAAUUUUAAAUAGUGAAUGGGGGAGAGAAAUUAAAGUUUGUGAAGCUGGUGAAGGUCAUUAA